AAGAUAUCUGAUAACCUAUAACAAUAUCCUGAGAUCCUGGUAAAGAUGAAUUUUAAGUACAUAGUUGCAGUGUCCAUUUUAAUAGCAUCUGCAUAUGCACGAAGUGAAGAGAACAACAUACAGUCUCUGAGUCAGAGGGAUGUUUCAGAAGAAGAAUCACUGAGGGAAAUCAGAGGUAUAGGAGCAUCCAUCCUAAGUGCUGGUAAAUCAGCUUUAAAAGGCUUGGCUAAAGGAUUAGCUGAGCAUUUUGCGAAUGGGAAGAGAACAGCUGAAGAACAUGAAGUGAUGAAAAGACUGGAAGCCGCAGUGCGUGAUCUAGAUUCCUUUGAUCAUCCAGAGGAAGCUUCUGAAAAGGAAACCAGAGGCUUCAAUCAAGAGGAAAAAAAGAAACGCAUUAUAGGGCCAGUAUUAGGUAUGGUUGGUAGUGCACUUGGAGGUUUACUUAAAAAGAUUGGAUAAUUAUAGCCAGUAAAACUUUGCUUUCAUGAAUGUUUGUAAAAUGAAGCCAAUCAGAUAACAUAUAAUAAAGCAUAAAUAAAGCACAAAAAAAGCUAUUUAAACAAACUGCAUGUUCUCUACUCUGCUAUUAAAUAAAAAUCAUAUGAGUAAAA